ACGUCAUGGGAUUGAGGAGCGUAUUAUCCGUCCGAAAGGAAACGAUCAGGAGCGCAAUGCGCAUAGUGCGCAUCUUAAAACCCUAGAGCGGAUCCUUCAACGGGAACUACUUUAAAAGCCUCGCCAGCCCAAACCCUAACCUCGCAUUUCCAUCCCUGUCUCCCUUUUAUCUCCCCCCGCUCUCUCUCUCUCUCUCUCUCUCUCUCUCUCUCUUCUCAGAUGGAGUUCUGGGGUGUUGAAGUUAAAGCAGGUGAACCGGUUAAGUGCCAGCCUGGAGAGAAUAAAUAUAUACAUCUCUCACAGGCGGCACUUGGUGAGGUGAAAAAGGACAAAGGCAAUGACUCCAUCCCAAUCUUUGUGAGUGUCGGUGAUAAGAAGCUGGUCCUUGGAACUCUUUCUGCAGAAAAGAGUGCUCAUAUCUCUUUUGAUUUAAUUUUUGAGAGAGAAUUUGAACUAUCUCACAGCUGGAAGCAUGGGAGUGUCUACUUUUGUGGUUACAAGAGCACGGUUCCAGAAGAAUCUGACGAGUUCACUGAUUCGGAUUCUGAUUCUGAAGAGGAGAUUCCAGUUCUCGUAAGGGAAAAUGGAAAGCCUGUGGUCAAGGAUGAGCAGGCCAUGCCUGCUACUGAGAAGGUUAAGGCUGCCGCUAAACCUGAAUCCUCGACUGCUAAGCCCAAGGUUCAAAUAGCGGAACCUAGUAAGGGUAAGGAAGAAGAUGAAGAUGAUGAUGAUUCUGACGAUGAUGAAGAUGAAUCAUCAGAAGAUGAAUCCGAUGACGAUGAGGACAUGGUUGAAGGUGGGGGUGAAAGUGAUGAGGAUGAUGAUGAUGAGGAAAUCUCUGAUGAUGAAGAUGGAGCUACUCCUAAGAAGGCUGAGAAGGGUAAGAAGAGACCUAUAGAAUCUGCAACCAAGACACCAGCUCCAGAAAAGAAGGCCAAGCUUGUUACACCUGUUGGUCAAAAGACAGGUGGUGCUGGUGGAAAGAAGGGUGGUGGGCAUACAGCAACUCCUUACCCUUCAAAACAGGCUGGAAAGACACCUGCUAACAGCAACAAGUCAAAGCCGCAGACUCCUAAAUCUGGUGGUCAAGUCAGUUGCAAGACAUGUAGCAAGACCUUCAACUCAGAUAUUGCUUUACAAUCCCAUACAAAGGCGAAGCACAGUGGUGGCAAGUGAAUGGGAUGUGGCUGAACUCUUCCAAGUUUUGUAGUAGGUGAGUGAAGGUGGUAUGGGACAGUAGCUAUUCUGAUACAUAAAAUAGCUAAUUAUCUAUAGUUUAGCUCUUCAUUUUCUUUCAAAAUUGGGUGGUGGGUGCCUAAAGAUGUUAGAGAAUGAUGAAUGAUGACAUAUUAGCAGUGGACUUUGUGAUGAUGAUGGUUUAUGGUGUGGGAUAAAAAAGAAAAAGAAAAAAGAACCCCCCCCCCCAUGGCUUUUUUUUUUUUUUUUUUUUUAAAUGUCGUGGAUUGUGAGAGGAUGGAUAUACUUGCUACAUGUUGGACCUUUUGGGGUUCAAUUACGGAUUAUUCGUCACCUGUAGAACUUGCUACAUGUUGGACCUUUUGGGGUUCAAUUACCGGAAUAUUCUUCACCUGUAGAA